GAAGAAGAAAACCACCUUUUGCUGCCCCUGCUUUUUUUUGCAUUUUCUAUUGCAGAUUUCCAGGACUGCCACACAGCUGGGGAAAGGGGCAGCCAAAACUUUAAAAAAUGGAGGAACAAGACCUGGCAGGACCCACACAGUCUGAGAGGAGAUUGGAAGAGGUAGGAAGAGGCCAUGAUGUCACCUGCGUUGAGAGCAGCGUGAAGCUUGUGGCUAAGGCAACUCCACCACUUAUGAAACAGGAGCUAGCAGAAGGGCUCCGACAGGGCUGGGAAGGCCAGUGGUCAGAUUUCUCGAGUGCCCCGCCAUCUCCCCAUCCAAGAUGGAAGAAUCGGAUAUCCAGAUCAGGGCCUAGCAGUCAAGAAUGCCCAUCCUCCUUGGAAGUGGCUGAGGGUUAUCGGCGGCCUAGAAAAGAAUUUGCUGCUCAAGCUGGGACAGGUUUCUGUGGCAAAGCCUACAAGGCCUCUGCAAGCCUGAACUUUCCUGUGAAAGUGAAGGAGGAGAUUCUGGAUGAGGACAGCCUUGAUUCGGAGAGGCAGUGCCAACGGUUCAGGCGGUUCUGCUACCACCAGGCCGAGGGCCCUCAGGAGGCUGCCAGCCAACUCCGGGAGCUCUGCCACCAGUGGCUGAAGCCGGAGCGACACACCAAGCAGCAGAUCCUGGAGAUGGUGGUCCUGGAGCAGUUCCUGGCCAUCCUGCCCCCGGAGAUGCAGAGCUGGGUCCGGGAAAGCAGUCCUGAGACCUGUCCUGAGGCAGUGGCCCUGGCUGAGGACUUUUUAGCAAGGCAACCCGAGGGACCCCAGGCGAGCUCUCCAGAGAGAGACCAAGGACAUGAAGGCUGCCGGUCUCCUUGGAAUAUGCCAGGGCCUUUGGGAAACGUGCCCGCUAACUGCCCAGUCUCAGAGCAGCUGCUGUCUGAUGGGCCAGUGAAGGCGCAACCAGCCAGUGGUGGCAAGACAACGAGGGAUAAGGAAACCUCCUUGUUGGGUUGCGAUGAAACGAAGGCCAAAGUAGAUGGAAUCGUUCAGCUGGAAACACCCUUGGCCAAAGGAAAGCUCUCCCCAUUUGGUGACAGGAAAGAGGCUGAGCCUGGGAAUCAGCCGGAACGACAGAGCUUCCAGGAAGACCACCCCGAGAAGGCCCCGCUUUGCCGAGAAAGCGACAGAAGCGUUGUGAAAGAAGACCAAGUCCAGAACAAGAGGAAAUGCACAGAGUGUGGACAUCUCUGCGAGGUUGAUGACCUUCCUGCCAAUCAGAAAAUGGACCCUGAAGAAUUUUACAUCUGCCCCCAAUGCGGGAAGACCUUCAAGAACGGGGCGCCCCUUGCGUCCAGCCAGGGAACUGCGACUGGAGCCAAACCCCACCCGUGCUCGGAGUGCAGCAAGAGCUUUGGCACGAAGGCGGCCCUCCUGAAGCACAGAGCUACCCACACGGGGGAGAAGCCCUACGUGUGCUCCGAAUGCGGGAAGUGCUUCACCACCAGCUCCAACCUCAUCUACCACAACAUCGUCCACACAGGGGAGAAGCCGCACAAGUGCGCCGACUGCGGCAAAGGCUUCCACUGGAAGUCGUCCCUGAUCACCCACGAGAGAACCCACACGGGGGAGAAGCCCUACGCGUGUCCUGAGUGCGGGAAAAGCUUUGGGAACAGCUCCCAGCUGCUGAGGCACAAGAGGGUGCACACGGGGGAGAAGCCGUACCAUUGCUCCGAUUGCGGCCGGAGCUUCAACCAGAUAGCCUCCCUCAUUGCGCACAAGCGGAUCCACACGGGGGAGAAGCCGUACGAGUGCUCCGAGUGCGGGAAGGGUUUUGGCACACGGACGAACCUGAUGAUGCACCGGCGGGUGCACACGGGGGAGAGGCCGUACAAGUGCUCCUACUGCGGGCAGAGCUUCAGCCAGAGGACGCACCUCAUCAUCCAUGAGAGGACCCACACAGGGGAGAAGCCAUAUGAGUGCUCCGAGUGCGGGAAGAGCUUCAACGCCAAAGCGCCCCUGAUCACACACAAGAGGAUCCACACAGGGGAGAACCUCUACCAGUGCUUCCAGUGCGGGAAACGCUUCAGCACCAGCUCUAACCUCCUGAACCACAACAUCAUCCACACGGGGGAGAAGCCCCAUAAGUGCUCGGACUGCGGCAAAUGCUUCAAUCGGAAGUCAUCCCUCAUUACCCACCAGAGGACCCACACCGGGGAGAAACCCUAUGCCUGCUUUGAGUGCGGGAAGUGUUUCAUUUCGAGCUCGGAUCUCACCAAACAUAAAAAAGUUCACAGGGGGAAGCGGGCUGGCUGUCCCGAAAAUUUAGCGUAUAGCCCAGUGCUGGCAGAUUCGGAGAGCGUACAUCCAGGACACCCUCCUUGUUAAAGCCUGAUGUUUGGCCUCAGUCCUAUAAUAAGUGGGUCCUGGAGGCAAUUCGGUCAAAGUAUCAUGGUUGACAGAUCUCCAUCCAUCUAACCAGGGAUUAACUCUCUGCAGUAUUCGCUUUGCUAUUUCUUUCUCCACUUGGGAGAAAACAUGGGGUGGGUCUACUGAAAGCCUUUUAUCCCCUGCGAUAUUCAGCCUCCCAGUUUGCUGACGUUCUCCUGCUUUUUUCAAAAGGGGGGAAUAGAUGGGGGAGGGGUCACAAACGUUCUUUCCCACCCAUUUCUUUCUUCUUCAGAAAUGUGCCGAAUGGGGAGAAGAUUCACUGCAGUUAGGAAGAAGCUGAGAAGGCCACUUAUGAUGCAAUGUGAUUCAUUGCUUGCCACGUAGGUUGCCCCUCAUCCCCAAGGCAUUUUUCCCUAAAGCAAAACAACCAUGGAAUUUUUAUCUCCUGCCCCAGGUUUUUCUCUCCAUCUUCUGUGCUUUUAGUGUUUUUUAAUUAUCUGGGGGGAAAAAGA